AUGGAGUGGGCGCACACGGCAGAGGUAUUCGGUACUACGUUGGAGCGGCUGAAGAGUGUGCACGGGCGAGCGGUGGCAGAGGUGGAGUUGGGUGUGAACCGUCGGGCGGCCGCAGCCUUCCUGUCGAGUUUGUAUCGGCCAGUGCCGCCGCCGUUGGCUCCACCAGAGGCAUUUGCGGCGGGGUUGCCGUUGGCGGCUUCGCCGCCAACGGCGACGAAGGCGGCGAAGACAACACGUGGUGGUUGGCGUCAGCGGCUGACGCACUGGUUCAACGACGGUAGUGCGAGUGCGGACAAGAGUGGUGAGAUGAGUUAUCAUGACCUGUUGCACACGCGUGUGUCUCAGAGUUACAAUCCGCUUGCCCUGGACUACGAAGACGUGUUCUUCGCCCUUACUACGACCCAACGCACACAACUUGAACUCCGGUAUCCCCAGCUGUCCUUUGCGGAGCCGCCGGAAGCCGUGGGCGGUGGACGCGAAGAGUGGAAUCGCCAGUUCGCGGCCGGCCAUCCGUGGCUCAACGCAUCCUUCUCGUGUACCAAGUUGCGCGCCUGCAAACUGGUGCUGAAGAAGAUGACGGCCUUCGUUGACGUAAACACUAGCGCUAUCGCUUGGGUGUAUUUUGAACGACUUGUGCUCGCCAACAAGGUCCACAAAGAUAACCGACGAAUGCUCCUCGGCGCAUGCCUGAGUCUCGCCAUAAAAUUCAACGAAGACAAAACCUCCACCUUCGACGUACUCGCACGCCUCGCAAACAUGUUUUCCCACGAAGUGCUACCCAAGGACAUAGCCGAACAUGAAUUCGCCGCCUUCGCCGCCCUCACCUUCGACCUGCGUGUUGAAGAAUUCCACAUCAUGCCGCACAUACUCGCGCUCGAAGCCACCACGGCCGGCGGCAAUGCCGCCGGCAGCGUCGCCAUCGACGUCAACCCUGGCCCCUUUCCUUGA